GUGCUAUAAAGGGCGGCGCGGCGGGCGCUGGGCUGGGCUGGCUGAGCCGAGCCGGGCGGCGGAGAUCGGAGCGGCUGCCCCCCGCGGCAUGGACGGGCGCUGAAGGGCGCCGCGCCGAAGCCAUGAAGACGCUCAUCGCCGCCUACGCGGGGGUCCUGCGAGGGACCGGUUCCAGCAUAUUAUCAGCCCUUCAGGAUCUCUCUUGGCUGUCGAAGUCCAAAGUGGAGAAGCAGCUGCAGAUAAUUUCAGUGCUGCAAUGGGUGAUCUCGUUCCUUAUGAUGGGAGUUAUUUGCACUAUUAUCCUCAUAUAUAUCCUCUGCACAGACUGUUGGAUUAUAACAGUUCUAUACUUAGUGUGGUACGCUUUCGACUGGAACACUCCCAGGAAGGCUGGAAGAAGAUCACAGUGGAUCCGGAACUGGGCCAUAUGGAGAUACUUCCGGGAUUACUUUCCGAUCCGAAUGAUCAAAACUCACAACCUGGCCCCCAACAGGAAUUACAUCCUUGGCUACCACCCCCAUGGCAUCAUGUCCCUGGGUGCGUUCUGCAAUUUUAGCACGGAGGCCACAGGAGUCAGCCAGAUCUUCCCUGGGAUAUGUCCGUACGUCACCACGCUCACGGGAAACUUCAGGUGGCCCAUUUUGAGGGACUACUUGAUGACUGGAGGUCUCUGCCCCGUGAACCGCAACACCAUAGACUACCUCCUGUCCCAAAACGGCAUCGGCAACGCGGUCGUCAUUGUGGUGGGGGGCGCGGCGGAGUCUUUGAACUGUACCCCGGGAAAAAACUCUGUGACGCUGAAGCACCGCAAGGGGUUUGUGAAGCUGGCCUUAAGACAUGGGGCAGACCUGGUCCCCAUUUACUUUGGGGAGAACGAAGUCUUCAAGCAGAUCAUUUUUGAAGAGGGAACCUGGUGCAGAUGGGUGCAGAAAAAAUUGCAGAAGUAUAGCGGCGUGGCUCCCUGCGUCUUCCACGGACGAGGGGUCUUCUCCUCCAACAGCUGGGGGUUGGUGCCUUAUGCCAGGCCCAUCACUACCGUCGUUGGUGAGCCCAUCACAGUCCCGAAAACCGACAAUCCGAGUCAGAAGGAAAUAGACUUUUAUCACAACCUGUACGUACAGUCUCUGGUGAAGCUCUUUGACAAGUACAAGGCGAAAUUUGGCCUGACAGAGAAGGAGACGUUGGAGAUCAACUGAACGGCGACCAUGCGACGGGUCUUAAUUUGCUGGUGGGCUUGGAAACCGGUGCCAAAAGAGACUCUUUCUGCCAGUCCUAUUGUUUUGUAUUCUGCUCUGUGGAAUUGGGGUGAAAGGAGCAUGGAUCUGUAGAGAAGAUAAAGGAAUAUUGUCUUAAAAAAAAAAA